UUUCUGGUUAUGAAUCUCAGCCCGGACUUCUAAUGGUGGUGAUAUGCUAUGGUCCUAAGAUGUGGUCCUAGUUCCAUUUUUUUUCUUAAAAAAAAAAUUGGGAGCAUCAAAGAAUGACCAAUGUUGGCGAAAAAAACAAUCACCAAGCUAAUGAUUGAAGUUCUUCACAAAACAAGAAACAAAAAAUGAAAAGAAGAUCGACGAACGUUUUUUUUUUAAGAAGGGUUAAUAUUACCAUUCAAACUAAUGCACCACAUUAGACUCAUGAGUUCAACGGACCGAUAUUCCAUCAAAGUUCUCCCCCCUUCUAGGCGGUCGCAGCGCUGAAAGCCAAAACGCCUCAACUUUGCCAUUUUUCGGGCGAAGCUCUGCGUCCGUCGUCUCCUCCAUCUCGCAUCGCCGGAAAGCCUAAGCCUAACCCUAGCUAUGGCGUCGCCACCCUCGUUCUCCGACUUCCCGGAGGACGUGCAGCUGAACGUGCUUUCCUUUCUCUCACCCGCCGAGGUCUCCGCCUUCGCCUGCACCUCCCGCCGGUUCGCCGCCCUCUGCAGCGCCUCCGCCUCCGAUAGCCCUGUCUGGCUCGCGAUGUGCGACCGCCGCUGGGGCUCCAAAACCCUCAUCCGCUCCUGGGCCUCCGACGGCGGCGGCGCCGGCGUCCCCUACGCCCGCCUCUACCGCGCCCUCGUCCGCUGGGAGGCCCUCAUCGGCUUCUGGCGGCGUAUCGGCCACGGCACCCCCGGCACCCCUCCCCUCCUCUUCUUCGAAUGGGGCCCCUCCUACAUCACCGGAUCCCGCGUUUCCCCCUCCGCCGAGCUGGGCUCCCACGGAGUCCUCAAGGUUCCCUUCAUCUGGCUCGGCCUGUCUGCCCAUGGCGAUCCCGUCAGCUUCCUCCAUCCGGGAUGCCGAUUCGAGGCGCCGGGUGAAAUGUUGUCCUCGGCUUCCGGGUCGUCGUCGUCGUCGGAUUCCGAUUUGGUACCCGUGGCCGUUAGCUUUAUGGGCUGCAACCAUUUCGUGGUGGAGGAGAACUGGAGCUUCUAUGCUGAGGCUUGCGGCGACGAUUCGGGGGUUUUGGAUCAGGUGGCGGAGAUAGAGAGUACGUCGCCGCCAGACCGGUUGAUGUCGGAGAUCUAUCAGUACUUUGCUAAUCGGACGAUCCCGGGCGGCGACAAGGCUUCCAGAAGGCAGAGGAAGAAGAAAUGGGAGAAGCUUGGGAGGAGGAGACUAUGGGAAGCUGAGCAUUUCGUCAAGAUUGCCAACUAUGAACCCACUCCAUCACGGCCUUUGCAAGGUUUAUGGAAGGGGAUUUGUGAGGAAAAUCUCCUGAAUUUUUACUUUGUUGCAUAUGAUGAUGUCGGUGGAAUAACCUGUAGACGAGUUGGCGACGCAGGGGAGCUAUUCUCUGGUUAUUCCCCUACUUUCUGGACUUCUAACACUACAUUUCUUGAAGCCCCAUUUUCUAAAGAGGAACUGGAUCUGUAUGGUAGCCGCAAGCACAUACGGUCGGUGGCUUCGAAUUGGAGCAACUUGGACAGGGAAGUGGUCUCACGCAUUCUCUGUAUCAACUCUACUUAUGAACUGGUGAUUCCAGACCUAUAUGGUUCUUCUGGUGAUCCAGGAAAUGUGGAGGGUAGGAUAUGGGAGUAUGAGGACGGGACUUUUGGGUUUGGGUUUGUUCGGAAUAACUUUAUCAUUGACGUGAAGCACAUCACUUCAAAUGGGCAUCUUCUUGAUACUGUAGAGUAUUGCUGCAACGGUUCUAUUCUAUAAUGCUUUAUCCAUGUACAAUGGUAUUAGUUGUUUAUCAAAUAAGUCAUAACUCUAUGACUUGGCAGUGUAAGUGUUGUUAUGUUUAACUAAAUGAUUUUCUUACAAAUUGUGAAUAAAUACUUAGUUUUUUCAGAUUCA